AUGGACCCGCUGAACCGCACCUGGACCCCGAGUUUCCUUCUUGCUGGUUUCGCGGCCCCCAGGACGCUGCGGACCCUGGCGUUCCUGGGCACCCUGUGCAUCUACGUCCUCACGCUGGCCGGGAACUUGUUCAUCAUCGUGCUGGUGCGGGCAGAUGCAGCGCUGUCCACACCCAUGUACUUCUUCCUCAGCGUCCUCUCCUUCCUGGAGCUCUGGUACGUCAGCACCACGGCGCCCACGCUGCUGCACACGUGGCUCCACGGGCGCUCACCCGUCCCGGCCGCCGCGUGUUUCAUCCAGCUGUACGUCUUCCACUCCCUGGGCAUGACCGAGUGCUACCUGCUGGGGGUCAUGGCGCUGGACCGCUACCUGGCCAUCUGCCGCCCGCUGCACUACCACGCCCUCAUGAGCAGAAAGGUGCGGUUGUGGCUGGCGGGGGCCUCGUGGGGGGCCGGCUUCUCUGCGGCACUGGUGCUGGCCGGCCUCACGGCCAGUCUGCCCUUCUGCUGGAAAGAGGUGGCCCACUACUUUUGUGACCUGGCCCCGCUGAUGCGGCUGGCAUGUGUGGACACAGGCUGGCACGCUCAAGUGUAUAUUGUAGUGAUUGGAAUGAUCAACAUAUGCAACCUUGUGCUCAUUUUAGGACUCUAUGGCGGUAUCCUGAGGGCUGUGCUGAAGCUGCCGUCGGCGGCCAGCCGGGCCAAGGCCUUCUCCACCUGCUCCUCCCACAUGAUUGUGGUGGCCCUUUUCUUUGGUUCUGCCUUUGUUGUCUAUGUCGGGUCAGCUGGGAGUCAUGCUGAAGGCACAGAUAAGCGUAUUGCCCUGCUGUAUACCAUUCUCACCCCUUUCCUCAACCCCAUCAUCUAUACCCUCCGCAACAAGGAGGUACAGGAGGCCGUCAGAAGGGUCACUCAGAGGAUCAGGGCUCUGUUGGAGGGACCCUGA